AUGGUCUACUGCGGUAAGCCGUCGAAAGGCUGUUCCAACUGUCGUGAGCGCAAGAUCAGGUGUGAUCAAAAGGAGCCCGGCUGUGGCCAGUGUGAGAAGCGACAGCAACAAUGUCCUGGCUACCGAAACCUCGUCGACCUCAUGUUCCGAGAUGAGAGUUCACACGUCAUCAAAAAAGCUGCCAAAACGAAGGCAAGGGGUCGAUUAAAGAAUGCACAGGCCUCGAGUGCCGGAUCGUCCUCCGAAAAUGUAAUAGCAAGCACCGACCACGACAGCUCCGAUCCGAGUCCUCCUGGAACGGCCGUGAGACCCAGCGUUCGGCGCCAAUAUCCACCUCGUCCCAUGGAAACCACGAUGCAGAAUAUGACUAUUAGGCAUCGGCCACGGCAGAUCCAAUGGUCAUCCUCCUCCUCCGAUAGCGAUGACGACGAAGACGGGCCUUGGUCAAUGGCACCACGCGCAAGGCCUCUGUACUCUUUGUCGCCCUCAUAUCAGGAACGUGGCACGGCCUUUUUCUUUUCUCGCUAUGUCUCCAUGGACGAGAAUGCCUGCCAUCAAAAUUAUGACUUCAUCUUUGAUGUCUGGCGCCCCGCCAGCAUGCUGCCCAGUCGACAGGCGGACGGCGUGAUGGCUAGUAUAGCUGCUGUGGGCUUGGCAGGCCUUUCGCACCUGACAAUGUGUGCAGAAAUGAUGGACUGGUCGCGUCGGAGCUACGGCGCCGCUCUCAAAAUGACAAAUGAUGCUCUAAGGGACCCAGUUGAAGCCGUCAAGGACACCACCAUGUUGUCCAUUCUCGUGUUGGGGACCUACGAAAUGUUGAGCGGUCGUACCAACCAGACAGUGAGAGCAUGGCAAAACCAUCUCAACGGCGCCUCUGCUCUAGCCAAGAUGCGAGGCCUCGGCCAGUUCACAACUAGAGCGGGGGCACGAAUGUUCAUGAUGCUGACACAGAUCGUCCUCAUCAACUGUAUGCAAAGAGACAUGCCCAUGCCGCAGUCUCUCAUCGACCUCCGGAACCAGCUGGGUAUGCUUUCGGGCGGAACUGACCCUGGCUGGCGAUUAUCUGGUCCCAUAUAUAAGGUCAUGCAGCUGCGGUACGACAUUAACAGCGGGAAACUUAACCAAACGGCCGAUAUCAUCAACCAACUGUCCAGCGUCGAUCAAGACUUUGCCGAUGUCAUUGCCGAUUUACCUGAAACGUGGAGAUACAGAUCUGUGAGGCUUGCGACAUCACACCCAUCCGUUUUCGAUGGUCACCGCUGUGAUGUAUACGCUACGCUGGGGCUGGCUGCGACUUGGAACGGCGUCCGAUCGAUAAGAAUGAUGGUACACGAGACCAUCCUCGGAGAGCUUUUCAAAUGCUUUCAAGGUCAACACAUUAUGCUCUGGCCGUACGAGGCAAAAUUACAGCUGGCAAAGUCUGUCGAAUUGUUGGAGAAACUUUGCGAAACUGUGUUGGCCAGCAUUCCUCAACAUUUCGGCGUUGUCAAUUUUAGAGACGCUCUGUUUGGAGGCGGCGGCGGCGGCUCACCGUCAGCCAUUGUACCAGUAACGAAGUCUCCGUCUCGAAUUGUGCGAUCUCCUUCGAUUUCUGCAUCGUCGUCUUCGCCGUCGUCCGUGGCUGAAACGCCGCCAGGCCCGAGGUCUUUCAAUGGCCCAACUCUGCAAGACCCAACCUACGCGAAGGGCCGCAGCAACGAUGCCGAGCGGUUCAUGACCCUUGCUUCCGCAAGCAACACGAUUGUGUGGCCGCUGUACUUGGUUGGAGUUUCAUCGUGUUGUACGCAAGAAGUCAAAGACUUUGUCGUCGACCGACUGAAAGCGAUACUCGAAGAGUCGGGGUUGAUGCAAGCUCAUGGAGUGGCACUCAUGGUUCGGGACAAGGAGGUGUAUAUUCCGUGGUCUGAUGUAUCCUGGAAUCGGAUGCCACAGACACAUAUACCGUCCGACUUGAUCGUUUAG